AUGUCGGCACUCAUCGAAAUCACGACUGAGACCGAGUUCGCGGCACAGCUCAGCUCACUCUCGCCCUCUGCGCUUGUCGUCCUAUACUUCCACACUCCAUGGGCCGCGCCUUGCGCUCAGAUGCGCACUGUUCUCUCCGCUCUUGCCUCCCAGUACCCCGCUACGGCCCCGCCGACCAUUUCGUUUAUCAGCAUCAAUGCCGAAGAGUUGCCCGACAUCUCGGAGGAGUAUGAUGUUUCCGCGGUUCCAUUUGUCGUUUGUCUACGCAGUGGCCAGAUCCUCGAGUCUAUUAGCGGCAGCGACGCUAUCAAAGUCCGUGAUGCUAUUGAGCGUCAUGCUGGCCGCGGAAAUGGCGCCGUUGCCCCAGGCCCCGCCGACGGUGUCCACAGAGCGCACAUUCCACCUGCCCUGUCUGCCGUGCCACGCGACGAUGGUCCGAUGACUGCCACCCAGUCUCCGGUUGCUGCUCCGGAUGCCGUUGGUCCAGCUGCUAAUGCUACUCCUGUCGCUGCUGCUCCUACCCUUACACCUGAGCAGUCCAAGGAAGCACUCUUCGCCCGUCUGGCUGAGCUUGUCAAGGCUGCACCCGUCAUGCUGUUCAUGAAGGGAACUCCUAGCUCACCGCAGUGUGGCUUUUCCCGGCAAUUGGUUGGUAUUCUCCGUGAGCGAAGCGUCAAGUACGGAUUCUUCAAUAUUCUGGCAGAUGAAGACGUGCGACAGGGUCUGAAGGAGUUCGCUGAUUGGCCCACUUUCCCUCAACUGUGGGUUGGUGGAGAGCUUGUUGGCGGUCUGGAUAUUGUUCGUGAGGAGAUUAACGGCGAUCCUGACUUCUUAAACGGCUACUCUGUCAACAAGUAG